AAUAAAAAAGAGCUCCCUCUGUUCCUCAUUCCUGCAGGUGCCCAACCCGAAGGACUUGUCGGAGUGCAUUUUCUGCAUUCUUAAUAGAUAGCCAGCAGGAAAUGCCUCUUAUAGCCCGGGCUGGAGGGGUAGAAAGUAGCGAGGGGAGGGUACAAAAUCCCCAGCCCCUGCUUCCGCAAGCCCUGAGCUGCUCCAAAGUGGGCCAGGCGACUCUGACCACCCCUACGCACCUUUGCCCAGCCCUGGGAUCUUGCUGUCUCAGUUUGAUGGUCAGGAGUUAAGCUGUCAUCUGCGUCCCUCACGAUGGAAGAAACGGGGAAGACCGCUAUCCAGCUGCAGAGACCCAUAAAGACUGAGUGGAAUUCUCAGUGCGUCCUUUUCACCUAUUUCCAAGGGGACAUCGGCAGCGUAGUGGACGAACACUUCUCCAGGGCUCUGAGCAGUGUCAAGAGGCCCCAGCAACUGAGCCCCUCGAGCCAGAGUGCAGAUGUGAUCCUGAGGAACGAUGGUGACAUGCCUCCGAAUCGGUGGCGUUUCUCUUCUCAGUGGACAAAGCCAGAGCCCGGAGCAUCUUUUGCAUACGGCGCCACCGACUGCAGCUUCCAUGGGCCCGGUCUCAUGACUAUGGAUCACUACCCGGUGCCCCUGGCGGGGAGCCCCUCCGUUCCGUCUGGCGAGCCGUGGCCUUACCCCUCCCCGGCCAGCCCCAGCUCCUCGGAGCCUGGCUACUCUCACGCCUACUCCGGCGGGCACGUGCCGUCCGAGCCCCAGCCUGACGGGAAGUAUGAGCCUUUCCUAAGCCUCCUCCAGCAGGACCGAUACCUAGCCCCUCCUCAGGAAGCUGCGGUGUGGGAGGAUUGCAGCUCUGCUCCGACAGCCGGAAGCACGGGAUUGACCUUCAACUUGCCUGCCGGCUCAGCCCACUAAAGCCAGUCUCCAGAGAGAAGAAAUGUGGUGGUUUUUUUUUUUUAAUUGAAUUUCAGUCGGAAGAAGAGAAUUCCUUUUCCCAAACCUGCCUGUGAUUUUCUACUGUGAAUCCUGAGGUUCUAGAGACUGCACCGUCCUUUUCCCUUUCCGUCACUAGAGAGCGUUGCGCCAGGAGCAAUUUCUGUUCUCCCUAAAAUUCUACGCUUCCCUUCCUUGGCACCUAUGUCCUGUGGCAGGAGUUCUCAAACUUCAGUGACUCCCCAGCGUAUGAAAUGUUUAAAAGAGCAGUUCAGGGACGGGGACCAUAGAGGCUCAUCCCACCCUCCCUGCCCCCAACUGCUCUCCUCCUUAGAAGUCAUAGCGCCCUUGCCCUCUACCAGCAGGGUCUUUGGUAUCGUAUGGGGCCGCCCCACUUUGCCAACCGAAUGGAGGAGAUCCGAGGAACAUCCUGAAGCUUUCUAGCCUCACCCAGACUGUGGGCCACUGCACUCCGGCCUCUGCCAAAAGCAAAAUGAACGUGCUGUCCUGAAUGAAGUACUUUCUUUUUAAUGUUUUCUUUAUUUUUGAGUGUGAGCGAGCGAGAGAAGGGGGCAGGAUCCGAAGCGAGCCCUGCAGUGAGAGCCGUAGGCCCAAUGCGAGUCUCGAACGCACAAACUGUGACAUCGUGACCCGAGCCGAAGUCAGACAAUCAACUGACUGAGCCCCAUCCCAAGCCGAACCCGGAGUAAGUUCUGUGCCAAGAGCGUUUGUCAGUUGCAGUUCCAGGAGUUUCUUCCUGCCCUCACUCCGAGGAUGAGGAUUCUGGCAUCUGACGCCCCACAGGUGUCCCCCUGGACCUUGGUGACACCUUACGGCCUGCCACGGGGCCCACUUGGCUUCCCCAAACAAUGAAACCUUCCUUUCGGCUCUUCCACUGUUAGGGACAUCUGGGAAGUACUAUCUGUCUUUUCAGUACAGAGCCGCUGGGGCCACCCAUGGGGAUACCCACGGCGUCUUAGACACAUUGGUGGGGAAACACAAGGCUUGGGCCAAGCCAUGGCAGCAGGACCUCCCUGCAGAUUGUUCCAGAUAAAGUGACAAAUUUCUCCAAACUCCUUCAUCUCGUCUCUCUAAUCUACCAGACGCCCCUGAGGCCAGCGUGAGCUUGGCAGUUAGCCUGCGACAACCCCAGAAGGCCUUGCUGUCCAUGUUCCCCGUCCACACAGCCCCCACUUGCUCCUGUGUAAUAGCUCAGGGGGUGAAUAAUAAAACUACUUUUUCGGAUCACGCUGUUCUCCGUUCCACGUUCUUUCACAUCCGUGGUCUCAGGCCAACUUCCCGGCAACCCUGGGACUGGCAUUAUUACCUCCGUGUAGUAUGUGGGUACUGAGGCUUAGGGCUGCCAAAUGACCUGCCCACGGUGUCCCCACCGCACUACAUCGGGGUGGCUCUUCCAUACUUUUCCUCCCAUCUGCUAUGUGAAGAAAGACCACAGCUCUUGCAUGAGUGAAUUACACUCAUUCUCCUGUCUCAAGAACAGUUUUUUUUCCCAGUGUGUUACAUGUGUUUCCUACAUCUGGGGAGAGAAAGGAAACUCGGCCAGUACAAUUCGUCCAAGUUAUUUACCUUCAAAAGCCAUGCUCUUUUUUAGGGCUGAUGCAUGAUUAUGCAAGUGUGUGUUCCUUGGCUCACGCCAGGAAGAUUCAUCAGUGUUCAAAGAUA